AUGUCUGCUCCUUCUCAGAACCCAGCCGUGGUUCCAGUGGCCAAGCCUGCUGAGGUGUCUGCUCAGGCCAAGUCUCGUGAUGAGGCUCCACAGGCCAAUGAGUUGAAAAAGCAGGCUGCGACCACCCCACAGGGAGGCGCAGCCGCACCUGCCAGCAAGGCCUCCGCGCUUGGUGGAAAAGGUGGUGGCAAAGGUAUGAACACCAUGAGCCCCGCAAGUGGAGGCACUGCCGCUGCAGCACCCAAGGCCAAAUCGGCACCAGCACCACCCACUUCUGCUGCCGCUAUCGUGGAGGAAGGAAAGAAGCCAAUGACUGCUGCAGCACGCAUUUCAGCCACUGGUUCCUCUUUGGCCAAAGGUGUUGGAGCCAAGGCCGAACCUCAGGCUAAGCCAAAGGCCAAGGCAAAGAUGGCCGCCAUGUCCAGCAGACCUUUGCCAAGGGACACAAUGGGAGCAGCCCCCACCAGUGUCCUGAACAUCGUGAGUGGCCAGCCUGUGCCAGCAACACAAGCUGGAACCUCUGCCUAUGCCACCAGCACUGUCGGCCCUGCACGAACAUAUGCCAAGUCUGCUGCAGGGGCGGUCAAUGGAGAAGUGCCAAAGGCUGGUCCACCAGCUGUUGCGAUGGGUCGUGCUUUGGCAGCAGGCCGCCCGGCAAUGCAAAUGGUGAAUGGCAAGCCAGUGACCACCAUCACCAAGAAGUAUCAGCUGGUCUUUGUCACUGGCGAAGUUGCCCCUUUCUCGAAGACUGGUGGUUUGGGAGAAGCCAUGGAUGGACUGCCAAUUGCCUUGGCUGCCCUGGGUCAUCGCUGCAUGGUCAUUUCGCCCCGCUACGAUCAGUACUCGGAAGCCUGGGACACUGGCUACUGGGGCUCUGUGACCAUGGGUGGCAAGCAGGAGUCUGUCCACUUUUUCCACACUUACAAGCAGAAGGUGGACUAUGUUUUUGUGGAUCACCCAACCUUCUUGGAGCGUGUCAAUGGUUUGACAGGCUCUAAGCUCUACGGCCCUGAGUGGGGUAAGGACUUCGCUGACAACCAGGCACGCUUCGCAUACUUCUGCAAGGCAGCCCUGAAGGCAAUCCAGGAGUUGCCUUUGGGUGGUGCCAUCUACGGCAGUGACUGCAUGGUUGUUUGCAACGACUGGCACAGUGCCCUGGUGCCGAUGCUUAUCCAUGCGGAGAAAUCAAUGACAGGCAAGUGGCAAAACACCAAGACGGCUUUCCUUUGCCACAACGCCGUCUUUCAGGGUCGCUUUGUUUGCGAGGAAGGAUUGGCUCAGAUCUUUGGUGUGCCAGAGCGCUACAUUGACAGCAUCACUUUCAAGAUGCCUCUGCGGAUUGGCAAGUACAACGAGAAGGUGAGCUGUGUGAACACCAUGGCUGCUGGAUUGCGCUACUGCGACCGCGCCUUGACCGUGUCUCCCUCUUAUGCAGUGGAGUGCUGCACUGAUCCAGAGAAGGGUGUCGAGUUGGAGUCCCUCUUCAAGUUGGGCAAAUGCACAGGCAUUCUGAACGGUGUGAAGGAGGGCGUGUCUCCCAGUGACAA